UCUUUGAGUUUAUGUCUACUCUUGACUUCUUCAUCAUCAGAAUUGAUUGAAUCCAUUCCUCGUGAUUGAAUCAAUCAAGCGCGACUGAUUUUCGUAUCGCGACUCGGUACUUGGUAUCCCUGCGCUGAUCACGACUCCAUCGCGAUUAAGAAACAUCCUCCACUGAAUCGCGGCUACAAGUAAUUCGUCAAAGAGACUACCAACUUAUCAAAAGUACUCUCGUCACCAGAAUCGACCAUGGGCGAAGCCGACAAUUACUACAAUCCGAAUCAACAGCCGCCGUACGGCUACUCCAACGGCGGCGGCGGUUACCAACAACAAUACCAACCUCAACCUCCCCCCGCAACGCACCAGCAACAAUACCAACAGCCUCCCCAGCAGCCCUACCAACAAGCUCCCCCUCAGAAUGGCAAUGGUUACAUGCCCGCCCAAGGCUACGGCGGCAACGAGAAGGCCUCGUUCGAAGAGCAGUUCAAUAUCCCCAAGCCAAAGUGGAAUGAUCUCUGGGCUGGUAUCCUCUUCAUUCUCUUCAUGGCCGGCUACGUUGUUGUCUCUGGUAUUGCGCUGCAGGGAUACGCUGCGAAUAAGGGAAAUGCUGGGUCGGGAAUCUACGGUAAUCGGAAUGACUUUUCGCUGAACACUAGUACCGUUAUUUUGUUUAUGUUUGUGCUCGCUGUUGCGUUUGUCCUCUCGUAUGCGUAUGUUUGGAUGGCGAGGUUGUUUCCGAAGCAGUUCAUUUGGGUCACUGGUAUUCUCAAUGUCUGCUGGGCGCUUGGAACGGCCAUCUUUUACCUCUGGCGCAGAUACUGGUCUGCUGGAAUUGUGUUCCUCAUCUUCGGACUUUUCCUGGCCUUUUGUUUCUGGACAUGGAUUUCGCGAAUUCCCUUCUCAGCGCUGAUGCUUCGAACUACUAUCGACGUUAGCAAGAAGUAUGGCCAUGUCUACCUUACCAGUCUGAUUGGAGGCAUUAUCGCCACGGCUAUGUCUGCUUGGUUCUCCAUCACUCUUGUCGCAAUCUACAUCAAGUACCAGCCUGCGAACGAUAACCCCUCUUGCGCCGAUGGCGGCUGCAGUUCAGGCAAGGUCAUCGGUCUUAUCGUCUUCAUCACGUUUGCCAUGUACUGGUUCUCCGAGUGGCUCAAGAACACCAUCCACACCACGAUUGCCGGUGUCUACGGCUCUUGGUACUUCAACCCUCACAACUUCCCCAAGGACGCCACUCGCGCUUCCGCCAAGCGAGCCUUGACAUACAGUUUCGGUUCCAUUGCUCUUGGUAGCUUGCUGGUCGCCAUUAUCCAAUUCAUUCGUCAAAUUUGCACCGCUGCUCGCAACCAGGAGGCCGCUGAUGGCAGUAUGUUGGGAUACGCUCUGUUCUGUUGCAUUGGCUGCCUUCUUGGUAUUUUGGAGUGGGCUGUUGAGUUCAUCAACAAAUAUGCUUUCUGCCACAUUGCGCUCUACGGCAAGGCUUACUUUGCGGCUGCCAAGGAUACAUGGAAGAUGAUCAAGGACCGUGGAAUUGACGCUCUGAUCAACGACUGCCUCAUCGGACCCGUUCUUUCGUUCGGCGGCCUCUUCAUCGCAUACGCUUGCGGUCUCCUGGCCUACCUCUACCUGUACUUCACCGACCCCCCUUACAACAGUGACGGUCAAUACACAGCAGUUGUCAUGGCGUUCUCGUUCCUCAUCGGAUUCCAGAUCGCCAACGUCUUUACGACCCCGAUUUCGAGCGGUGUCGAGACCAUCUUUGUUGCUGCCGGUUGGGAUCCUCAGGUCAUGUGGCGCGACCACCCUGAGCUUUACCAGGAGAUGUGCAGAGUGUAUCCCAAGGUUCAGCAGGUCAUUCGUGACCGAUAAGCUAGUCAUGCAUGUUGAUAUCAUCAUAACUUUGCCCUGAGUAAGCCGAAGCGGACUACUGCUCUGGCUGAAAUGGCGAAGACGUAUGAUGAGUGAUAGCAUAAAUAGCCAAAGCUUAGCCCUGAGCACUGGGGUGCUCUUACGAUUGACUGAUUGGCUAGCUGCUUGUCUUUGAAUGAUACCAUAGAAGGAUACUGGAGGUUUCAUUGUGUAUUGCGCAUAAUGAAAACUGUCUUUUGUUUCGUGCCACUGUUUUGCACCACGGAGAAUAUUUAAUGCUACGGAAUAAUAAAUAAUUACUCUUUCUUUACCUUGAAUGCUGUCACUGGUUCUUUGAAUCUACAGGUGAUAUUGAGCGGCAGCAAUCUGCAAGAGCGUAGCUGAAGUGUUUGCAUAAAGUGUAUGCAAGUUAUCAAGCUGACUUGAGCUACCCAUUGUGAUGGGCUAAAAUUGCAGUGAAAGACUGUGGUAGGCCUCUAGGGCCAGACCUAAAGAGCAAGCAAUGACGAGUUCCAGCGACUCGAAGCGCAAUUUGGAAGCUAUCAGUUACUCAAAGCAUUUUUGAAGUACAACCCAAGAUCAGAGAGUUUCCGAGUUGUUUUCGCAAGUUGGCUUGGGUGAUCGGUCACAGCUUGGCCGCAAAUCAAGUGGUGUGAGUCUACAGCUCCAACAUCAACACCAACUGUGCCGCACACUCUCGCUCUUUGCAUGAGGUCCUUUUGGAUCUCACGUCAAACAACCAACAAUAAAUGCCAAGAAUAAACCACCAAGCAUGGGGCCUAUCGGACCUGCGCCCGGAACGACACGAGGGAAUAAGUCAGUUCAUGCAUGGCUCGCGGGAAGAUCUCCCGGAUCUUAUUUCCCUAUCACGAUCCUAGCUAGGUCCAAGCUGGAGGUUAAGAUACGUCGGGGGGAUGUUGGUAUUACACAACUUGAUCGUCAAAGAAUUUGUCAGUAAAACUGUGGUGAGACGGCCGGGGGAAGGAAGCGAGAUUGUCGAAUGAUGGGGAUAACGCGGAGGAAGAGACGGGUAUGCAGUGGUGGAAUGUUUUGUCAUCUGAGUGGAUGUUACUGUGACGAUGCCAAUGGCCACUGUACGGGUAAAGCAUCUUGGGCCAUUGGGUGAACUGGGGAUGAGGCUUGAUAUCCGAUUGAAGCAUCACAACUACUCCCAUCACAUCGGAACGCCUCAUGACUCAACUGACAGUCUCGGCCCGUAACGGCGAUGGCAUCUUGCGGAGUCAGUACAUAAUGAAAACACCCAAGCCCAGGUUCUCCUCAAUCCCCGUUUGACGCCAUGAAUGCUUAUUUUCAGCAUCACGUAACCGUAUCAAAAACCACUCGGCUAGAUCCAUUAUUUCGUCCCCAGUAUCAGUUAGUCUAGC